AUGCCCAUUCCAACACGUUCAGUUUCGCUGCGCGACCCCCGUAAACAAACUUCAAAUAUAGCACGACCUGCCACGAAACCCUCCCCUCCGCUAUCCGCCACGGCCAACUCGAGCAAGGAGUCUGUCCGAGAGACGAAUAACAAGACCCGCUCGCCAUCAAAUCCCUCGCCGGUCGAGGGUGUGCCUCCGAAAGACAAUGGACUCACUGCCCGAGGAAGAACCCUGCUCCCCCAGCGCAGUAAUGCUGCCCAAGAAAAUGGUCGUGGAACGGGAUAUGGGCGUAUUCAGCCACCUAGCAGCAAGCCGAAAACACGCGGGGACCCGUCACCAACUAGACAGCGAGAGGUAUCACCGGCUAAAAAGCAAACCCAGUCGGACACUGCAUCAAUGAAGACCGGGGUAGCACCCGGCCGUCGUCAGAGCAUCAUGCGACCUGGUGCGUUAAAGAUACCUUCAGCGAAGAUUACAGCCCCUUCGUCAAAGAGCUCAGCGCCAUCAUUCGCGCCACCCUCACCCCGCAAACCGCCAGGAAUGCGAUCCCCGGUACAACCUCCUACAGUCAGAAGACCUCCUUCGCCCAAGAAAACAGAGAUGCUACCCCCACCGCGCUCCACACGCUCCCUCUCUUUAAGGCAACCUGUCAGCGCCAGCAAGGGACCACCGGCCGCAGCCAAAAUCCAUAUGCGGCACAGGAGUCAAAUGGUACAGAAUACAAAACAAGCCGAAACAACCCCAGCAAUCGGCCAACGUGCACGAGCACUCUCAUCCUACCAACGGCCGUCGUCCCCUAAGAAAUUUUCCAAACCUCCAACGCCUACCCCUGGAGCCCAACCCCAGCCUGGGAAUAUGCUGAUCUCUUCAUCAUGGCCGGAUAUUGCAGCACUACAAACAGAACUCCUUCAGCUCAGUCUUUUCCAUUCCAACUCACUGCAAAGCCAUGCCGAGUGGAAGUCUGAUUCCGAGACACGACUGCGCAAGAAGUACGAUAGUGUCGCUAGCCAAUACCGCUUGGUGUUGGCAGAUGAAACGCAGCGACAGUGUCGCCUGAAUGCGCAGGCCCUAGGGCUCUGGCUUUCUAAUUGUCGCGAACAUCGCGGUCCGCAUGAUUUCUCCGAGCAGAUUCAAAUUCUAUCACAGGUCCUACAAGAUGUCUCGGAUAUGAUUGCUGGCCGGAGUGCACAGUACUCUCAGGCUGUGAAGACCUUUGAAGACUGGCUUAACCAAGCGGAGCUUAUUCGCCACAAACGUGGACCAGGAUGCCUUGAUGUCGGCGUCUUUAUUGACCCCCUGGGGCGAAGCUGGAAAGAAUCAUUACGUACUUUAAAUGUGAGGCUCGAACUCUGUGUACGCCAAUUGCAAGUCCUUGAUAUCCUGGGCUUCGGGCAAGUGGAGCAUCUCGAACAGUCUGCUCUUGCUAGAGUAGCCAGGAAUCUGGCUGAAUUGAUACAACUCAUGACGCAGGAGAUUCGUGCCAUGCAAGCAUUGGAGGCAGAAGUGGUGCGUUCAGAAAGGGAUUCUGUCAGUCUUCUUGCAACGCAGCUGUACCUUGCAGCUACCCUGAUCAUGAAAAACUCGCUCUACGAUCGCCUUUGGCGCCGGGAAUGCGGGGAACAGGCGCGGCAUGCUGGCCUUCGGGGAAUUUACGGAUCCAAGGAAUGGGUCAAUGAUCUCGACAUUGUGAAUGAACUCGGUGGGCAUACUGGAUGUGUCAAUGCCCUCAGUUGGUCGAAGUCAGGGCGUCUUUUGGCGUCAGGCUCUGAUGAUAAGCACCUCAAUAUCUACUCCUACCAACCUGACUCCUCCAAUUCUCCAUUCGCGCUCAACACCACCGUUUUCACCGGGCACAAAGCCAACAUCUUCUCCGUCAAGUUCAUGCCACACUCGAAUGAUGGGACUCUGGUUACAUGCGCCGGCGACUCGCAGGUUCGCGUUUUCGAUAUCGAAUACUCAACUGGGAGCAGAAAUGAGGCUGCAACCUCCGCAUUUGCAGCCUCCACUCGGAGUCGGCGCUUCAACGAGUUCUUCAGUGGCACGCGGUAUCUGAGUGACGGCAAUACCAACGCUAGAUUGUAUCGAAGCCACACCGAUAGUGUAAAGCGCAUCGUCACCGAAUCUUCCCCGUUCCUAUUUCUCACUUGCUCUGAGGAUGGUGACGUUCGCCAGUGGGACCUGCGGCUACCGUCUAGUGCAUACCCUCCUCCACGGGGUGGUCAGGGCUUCAUGGCAUACCGACAAGGGUUAGACAGUGAUGACUCCAAUGUUCCGCCCCCUCUAAUAUCCUACAAGCCAUACCAUCUGGACCUCAAUACCAUUUCCUGUUCACCAAGUCAGCCGCAUUAUAUUGCCUUGGGUGGUGCCCACCUCUACUGCUUUUUGCAUGACAGACGGAUGCUUGGCCAGGACACCUCCGCUGCAAGGGGAAGGGCUACACCAAGCGCUGCCAGUCUCAAUGAUGAUGAGGAAAUGAGCAAGGCGACGCGAUGCGUGCGAAGAUUCGCACCGGGCGGCAAGCACCAUGCGAAACAUGCUGACGAUGGACAUAUCACUGCUUGUAAAAUUAGUGAUGCAAAUCCCAAUGAGAUGGUUGUUAGCUGGUCUGGGGAUCACAUCUACAGUUUUGAUUUAGUCCGCAGCCCAGAUGCCCGGGAGACACAGACGGGGAAUAAAUCGACCCUCAAGGGCAAGAAUAGGCAGGCUCGCCGCAGUUCACGGAGCCGGAAGCGCAAGAAGCCCGCCACGCCUUCAUCUGAGGAAAGUGGUGAUCGACAUCAGUCCCAUCGUCGUUCAGCAGAGCCAGAUACUUUUAGGAUCCAAUAUGAGAAUGGCGAAGCAGAAAAUGUUCCAUUCCCCCCAUUCUCGGAUAGUGUCCUGGACACCAACCCCGAGAAUUUGCUCGAGCAGGCUCGGUAUUCUGUGCUGAAUGAUGCCCAGCGAUUAAGCAUGCAGAUCGCAAAAGGGUUAGUAAGACUUCGAAAGACUUUGUUUUCAGAAACGACAGUCCGGGAGGCCGCAGGGUCUGACGACGUGGGACCCGAAUCGUACUCGAUAUGUUUUUCAUCCGCGCUGGAAAUUGCGUCUACGUUUCUCCCACAAAUGGGCGAGGUCAUGCGCGAAUGGAGUUAUCCCAUGAACCCAUCACACGAGACUGUUAAUUUCCAGCAAGCACUUCGUCGCAAUCGCCAAUCGGCAUGGAGAUUUGUCCAAGCUGCUGGCACACUUUCUCAUGCGUUGGCAGAUCAAACGCAAGUUCUGGAAGAUUCAAAUUUCCAGAUGAUCAAGCCUGCGCCGGGCGAAGAUGACCCCAUUGACCCAGCAGCUCAGUUUGGCUAUGACUUCCUCCGAGCAAUUCUUCUAUGGCUGCAGGGCGGCAGGCAUCGACUUCUAGAAGGAUUUAAACGCCGCAAUGCCCCUCGACGAUUACAUGGCCGAUACCCGAUCCCAGAUGAAUCCGACGAGGAUGCUAUCGAAACCAUCCUAGUGCCCUAUAUUAUGGAAUUGGCGCAUGACACUCCGAUCGUGAAUGUGGAUGCUUCCAGAUUUGAGCAUGACAGUACGCGCAUUCUGUUCCCAACCCAACGGGCUGCCGUGACUGCAUUUGCGAAUGCUGUCAAAUUGCCCUUGGAGGAUCUCGGGGGCUCAGCUGCUCGGUUCGACAGGCGCCGUGUUUCUAAUCCCGCCUCACAAAUCCGCUCUCUUGACCGUGCCUCUACGAAGAGGUUCUGGAUUUUGCGCGUAGGCAGAGGAAUCUUGAUGGAGGUAGGCAGUGAAGUAAAUUACAGAUUUGUCAACAAUGCUUUCGGCGGGCUUCACACCACAAUGAACGAGUCUGAGAGUGAUUCGGAUGAAGAGAGAGUCCAGGAUGAUAUCGAUCCCAAUGUGGAGGAAGAACGAAUCCAACACAUCGGACUCAUCGGGGCUGGCGGUUCUGUUUCCAGGCGGAAUGAUCCUCGACCUGAAAGCCCCCAAGGCGAUGCAAAUUCUUCGGACAAUAGUGACGUCGAUACGGGCGGGGAUGGGAGCGAUGGCAGCCGGGCAGAGGAGUCAACUGACGAUGAAGAUCUCGAUGGCUGGCCCAUGGAUUCAUCUUCGGAUGAAGAGGGCGAUAGGUUUGAUUCCGAUGACGAUAUGCCCCGGAGAUAUGCCAUUCGAAAGGCGCGACGUGAUGUCGAGCGCCAUGCUCCAUGUGUACCUCAUAUGCGAAGCUAUCGCGGCCAUUGUAACGUCAAGACUGUCAAGGAUGUCAACUAUUUCGGACUUGAUGAUGAGUAUGUGGUCAGCGGCUGUGAUUCUGGCAAUAUAUUUAUCUGGGACCGCAAGACGUCAAAUCUGGUGAACAUCCUAGAAGGCGAUGGCGAGGUUGUCAAUGUUGUUCAAGGCCACCCCUAUGAACCAAUGAUUGCCGCUUCAGGAAUCGAUAACACCAUCAAAAUCUUUUCGCCAGACCAGAACGCUCAAGAUGAUGCGCGUAAUGGUGUGAACAUCCUCGACCCCGAUAAUCCAUCCAACAAGCUUGGACAAAACAUCUCUAGCAUCGGAGGUCUCGAAAGCCGGAAACGAGUUCAUGAAAGCUACCGCAUCAUGAGCCAAAACGAUGUUGACCGUCGUGGUGGCCGGAGUAUGCUCGAGCGCCUGGCUGCUAACUUGAGGGACCAACAUGGCGGCCUCGGGGUUGGAAUUGAUGAUAUUGCUGGUGAUGGUGAACACCGGACUGUUAUCAUCGAUGAUAAUUGCUCGGUGAUGUAA